AUGGUUUUCGGUCGUCGCAAGAGAAGUGCCUCUGCCCAUCACCAGCCACUUUCCAGUCCCGCCGCGCAAUCCGCCCAGUCUGCCGCCAGCCAUGCGUUCCUGAAAUCACAACCCUCCACAACCAGCUUGUCCUCCGCGGCGGCAGCAGCAGCACUCCGCAACUGCACACCCACGCCGACCCCCAUUGAAAAUGUCCAGACCAAACGCAUGGUCCAGCGGCGCAGCUCGACCCAGUCACAGGUUAAUCCCGUUGGCGGACGCCGUUCGGCCAGCGUGAGUGGGACGCUGCGCCGCUCCAGUAGCAAUGGUUCGAUGAGCGCACGUACCUUUCGCGAUCAGUCCCCCCAUCGCCCAGCUACUAGCUCCGGGCCCCUCGGGCCUGCAGCUCCACCCAUGGAUGUACCUCCAUUACCUGCGCUCCCGACGCAAUUGUCGUCGCGGAAACUGCCGAGUCGACGUGCAAUGAGUGUGGAGCCAUCGAUGCGUUCCACUCCAUCCUCUCCGCCGCGCUCUGGGAUGAGGGGCGUCGAUCGGGAACUUGGGCGAGGAUCUCCGAUUCAGCUAGCUACGCAUGAACGUGUAACUGGUCUCGGGACCGUUCCAGAAUUGGAACGCUCGACGAGCCGGAAUUCGGUCAAUUUUUCGUAUCCCAUGGGCUCGCGACCUACCUCGCCGAUUGCGAUAUCUGGGAAUAAUCCGAUGAGCCUCCACAAUGCUAUUCAAGAAUCAAUUGCUGAGGUAUCUGACAAAUUCCCUAAAGGGAAGCCUAGGGCACAGCCAUCUGGCAGUCUAGUGGAAAGCCCGGUUGCCAACAAAUCCGGUCCUUUGGCUGGCACCGCGGGUGCUGCAGCCCAAGCGGUUAGCAUACCAAAGGACGGCCCAGUUGCCAAUGGUCGGACUGGGAAGGUGCGAAAUUCGCUUAUAGAGACCGAUCCUCUAGACCAGUAUACCAGUAACGCAGUACCUACUGUGGCCAGCGUCGAAAGUGCACACCCAUCCUCUCGAGCUCUUCCUGAGCGGUGGCCAUCCACCGUUCGAGAAGAAGAAGAGCCCGAAGAUGAUAACACGAAUGUCGAAAAUAUCUCUAUACGGCAAGGCAGAGACCGGAUGACGAGUGCAUCGCCAACUGUUGAUCACGUAGAGGCAGCGCCAGUGCCCUCAUCACCCUCGUCGGAACUGCAAAUCAGGGCAGCAGCCGCACCGUUGCUCUCUGUAGCUGGAGCUGGAGAUCAAGUUCACCAGCCUCCGCCCAGAUCAGUAUCUCCCGUGAAAUCGGCAUUGAAACACCCACGAGGAACCUCCUUGUCGCCUGAUGGGAGGGUUGGGGCAACCGCUCGAGUCCUACCACCGAGCGAGCUAUCAGAUGGUACCUCAGUGGCAUCAGAUGAAGGAUCCCGGGUUGACACCAGGAAGAAGCCUGUCAAGGUCAGCUUCGAUGAUGAGGCUGAGGUUGUCAAUGCAGCAGCCAGCCCUCCUACCUCGCUGGAAGAAUAUACGCCUGAUUCUCCACCCGGCGGUAAAGCCAGGCCCCGCAUGAGUUGGCUUGGUGUUGGCAAGAAGAAGUCACCCGCGGAGUUUGCAAGCGACGAUGACUGGGAUGUAGUCAUCAAGCCCCGACAAGUUCUUCCAUCUUUCGGUAGCAUUCGGGGCAGCCGAGGCGGUGCCCUUGAAAGGUCGCCAAUUCCAGAUUUCAGUGACAAUGAGUCCACCUCUUCAUCUGCAUCUGAUGUGGCGCGAAGGCGGGAUAUGUCGCUGUCAAAUGAAUACUUCCAACCACGCGGUUUGGGCACUCUGGAGCAGUUGUCUGUCAACGGCACUUUGCCUACUUCGCAUUCCGAUACCGACCCUGGGGCUAAGCAAGAGACUGGGGCUAAGCAAGAGGGCAGAGUCACAGACGACAUUACUGAGAAACACCCGUAUUCUAGCGUGGGCUCAAAAUUAUAUGUGCCUGCUAUUGCUGUUGAGCCUGCUACGCCCCCAGCAGACGGAACCAAGCAAAGUUUCGACAUGAAGAGAUCUAGCAUGGACCAGUAUAGGAUUCCGGGUGGGUUCCCGCCCUCCAGCUCAGACCGCAGUCUCCAUUCGACCGCAAAGAAUACUAGCACCCAGGCCGUGGCGAGCGCUGUUUCAAAACUGGACGACGUGGAUACCGAGGAGGAAUCUGGUGAUAGCGUCUACAGCGAUGCAGCUGAAGACAUGGACGGUGAUGGGUUUGGGUCCAUCAACGCCAUUGUUGAUAGCCGGUCAGUUCCGAGGUCGGCACCGACUGAGGAGAAUGCGAGCGAAUCUCGGGACGCAACACCGAGGCCCGUAGGUCGAGCCGCCAUCGUGGAUAGUCAGUCACAAGAUGUGAAAGCUCAGCCACUUGAGCAGGAGCGCUCCGUGACACCGACUCCAGGCUCGGUCAACCGUCUGGUAGAGGAACCCCCUGCCUCUUCGGCUGGCCAUGUGAUUGGUUCUGCAUACCCGCCAGUGCCAAUCCAGAUGCAAAGCCGUAAUACGACUGCUCAAAAUGGCACCGUCCAAGCACAGCCCACCACGCGAGCUCGGCCUAUGUCGGUGGAUGUGAAUGGUAUGUCACGUAUGCAAGAUCCGCGGUGGUCGAGCAACGAUACUUCUCCGCGAGGUGGCAAGGCCAAACCUCGUCCACUGUCUCUGGGUCCAACAUUCCACAAUCUAGGAGGACAGACAGGUAUCCCUGGCACUCUCCGCCGGAAAAUGUCGAAUGGAAGUGAUUCCUCAAGCAGCUUCAAACGCUCUUCUCCGCGCGGAGAUCACCACUCUAUGCGACGGACAAUGAGAGCCGGUACUGCUAGUGCCAACGUUCGAGUCCAAUCUCCAACAGAACACAACGAGUUUCCCCUUGAACAUCGUCCUCUUUCAUCUGGCUCCUCGAAUGGCACCAUGCGCAAGACUCUCCGAGGACCUACUGGAGGUGAGCGAUAUUCGUUCUUCUCGACUAACAAGAAGGCCCCGCCAAGAGCGAAGUUUACCAAGUCGCCCCCUAAGUCUUUGCGCACGACCCGGUUCGCAAAUUCGGAUGGCGAGGAUGAAGCCCGGCCACAGGCCUUCACCAGUCGAUUCGCAGAUUCCAGCGAUGAAGAUGAGCCUGGAAACAAUAAGCUACGUCCUGUCCGCGGUGCCGACGACGGUGACUCGACAGAGUUGGACGAUAGUUCAGAAGAAAGCGCCCGGCAGCAAGCGCAGCCAGUGCUUGCAUCCCAGCCAGUGGCCUCUUCAUCGAAGAACGCAACAAAUAUGUCUGGAAUGGCAGCUGUGGCCAAACAACGUGGCAUGUCGCAGAGGGACUUGGAGGAGUUCAUCAUGGCUCCUCCCCGUGGUCGGAAGCCAGGACUUCUCGCCCGACUUGGCAUCAAGAAAUCCAAGAACUCGGAUCAUAGACUUCGCGAAGCUGAAAGCCCCUCGCGGAGAGACAUACCCCUAGAGCGGUCGCGCCUGGAACUCGAUCAGUUACGUGGCGACGGCAUGGUUAAUGGAAACCACGGCAUCACAACAACCAUAGUGUCUGCCGGGAAUCCCGAGCCGAGUCGUUCGUCCAAGUUGGUGAAGAGAAACUCUAAACGCCAGUCGACAGGAGCAGACUUGUGGCCCCUUCGCCCCAAUGCCAAGGAAGAAGAGUCUCUCCAGCCGGUCGUGGAACAGCCAUACAGCGCCCCUUCAUCUGCUCUACAAACGCAGAAUCCCGCACCGCCAACAGAUGGUGCAGGCGCGACACACAACGGAAGCAUUGUUGUCAAUGGGAAUGGCGCUCACAGAGCGUCUCCAAUUGCGAAGGGGACCGAGGCACCCCGCGACGGACCAGAUCCGAAUAAUGACAGUACCUCCGAAGUCACGAAUCCUGAUGACCAUGGGCCUUCGGCACGCGACGUCGUGAUCGCUGGCUCGGGACGAAAGAAACGAUUUCCUCUUCUUCGGAAGGCAUUCGGUCUGCACGCUUGA